CACAGCAAAACGAGGUCCAGACAGAUAUACAGUACUGGCAGAGACAAAGAAUCAACACACAGAGAGACCCUCAGGGAGAGAGCAGCAACACAAACACAUCCAGCUACAAGGGAUGAUUGGUUGAUCCUAACGCUUCAAGACCCAGACCUCGAGGACAGGUAGAACAUAGAAAAGAGAGAGCCAUGAAAAGUCUCAGGUUCCUCGCUGCCGAGGGGUUCGCCCAGAGUGGCCAGAGAGCCAGGGAGAACCUCAGUUGUGUGUCGUUCAACCUCUACCCGCUCCUCUUCAAGGCCUGCUACAUGCACGAGAUGGCCCUCCUCCUCCACGACCUUGUCCAAACCUGGCCCCUGCACGAGCUUAACCUGCAAAGGCUCCUGGGAAAGACGGUGGACUGCCAGGAGGAUCUGACCUCAUGCACCUGCCGGCUGUGCCUGGAAGCUCUGCUGACUGGCCUGAAGUCCUAUGUACUGCGGCCCCCAGAGACCUACGCCAAGACCCUCCGUGUGGUAGACCUGACUGGGCUGAAGGACACAGAGCACCAUUCCUGUGCCUGUGGAUCCACCCUGGGCCGCUGGGCCCGCACCCAGCUCCUCACCCGCAUGUGCUACGAGGUCAUGGUGGCCAUCGAGGCGGGUGACGCUGCACCCUCCGCCCUCGAGACCGAGGUGGACGUGCGCCUGAACGGCUUCGUCACCGGGCGGAACUACGAGGUGGUGGCCCAGGCCUUCCUGCUCCUCCGUCACUGCCCCUUGAAGCUGCGCUUCGUUGGGUUCCGAGGCGACUCCCUGGCCCUCAAACAGCUGUUCUACGUGCUGCGUGUGGCCCAACCGGAAGCCAUGAGGAGACUCGAGGUGGUCCAUAACGUUCACCUGGAGGCCCCGCACCUGGAGUUGCUGUUGUCCCGGAUGGAUUUCCCCCAGCUGCAGUCCCUGACGCUGCCUGCGGGGGCGAUGGACGUGCGAAGGCUGGGCUCAGAUGAGGAUGACCUGCUGGCGACCAUUGGGGAUCUGCUGAGCCGGCUGACUGAACUGACAGAGCUCUACAUGGGCUUCUCCACCCUCACCGGACACCUGCGAAGACUGCUAAGCCCCCUGAUCACCCCACUGCAAUGCCUGGAGCUGGCCAACUGUCACCUGAACCGAACAGACAUGGCCUACCUGGCCAACAGCCUGCACAGCGAGAACCUGGUCAGUCUGGACAUAAGUGGUCACGACGUGUGCGGCCUCUUCCCCACCACCUUCAUCAAGCUGCUCCAGCGCUGCGCCGCAACCCUCCACAGCCUCACCCUGGAGGACUGUGACCUGGAAGAUGAAUACAUGGACAUCCUGACCCAGGCCCUGGCUCCCUGUCACGGCCUGGAGGAGCUGAAGAUACUGGGCAACCCUCUGAGCGCCACGGCCCUGCGCCGCCUCUUCUCCACGCUGGCUGCCGGGUUCCCAGCCCUGAGGUACGUGGAGCUGCCAGUGCCCAGGGACUGCUACCCCGAGGAUGUCUCCUACCCCAUGGAUGAGACGGUGCUGCUGCAGUACGACAGGGAGAUGUUCCAGGACGUCAGGGGUCAACUGAUGGGGAUCCUUCAAGGGGCGGGGAGGGGGAACGUAGAGGUGGUUACCCCCUUGUUGGGCGCUUAUGACGCGGAUAUCAACGAGACCAGUAACGAGCUGGGGGUGUCCAUGGUGAAAUCCUUCAAUAGCGUCAUUGGAAACUUUAUUGAUACAAUUACAGCCCUGGACAACAGGAGAUCCAACAAAGAGGUUGAUUAAAGUGCAGGUAGAAAACCAGAGGGAGGCUAAUAGCACAAGAGUUUGUGCAAUACAAGUGGUUCAUCUCAAUUGUCUAUAGUGGCUUCCCACACUUAAUUUCCACAGAUCAAAAGAAGUCUAAGAAAUCAGUGCAAAUAGAAGGAAGGAGACAAAGAGAGACGGCUUAGACUAUUGGGAUGACUGAAGGCCUUGAGUAAUGUUUUCUACCCAUACGUACCAAUUAAUCUGUACUUGUAACAGAUAUUUUGACAAAUGUAUUGCCCCAUUAUCAGGGGAUUUUUUGACAUGCAACUGGACCUAGAUUAUAGUAUAGAUUGAAUUGUCCUUUUGGUCUUCCAUUCAUGAGUGGCAAUUAUAGUAAAGCAUUGAAUGCUUAGUUAAGAAUAGUACUACUUGUAUACUGAACAUGUAUUUACAUGUACUGUAUAUAUUUCAGUUUAGAUGUAUCUUGUAUAUUAGGACAUUUAUAUGUGACCAGAGUGAAAGUUUGUUUUUACAAAAGUGCUAUAAAAUGUGGGAUUAAACUGACUUUAUUGUAAAUACAACUUUAUUACUGUGGGGAUCAAAUCCUGGUUUGCUUUAAAAAAAUAAAAAUCCUUCUCACA